AUGGCCAUGGCCGCCGUCAUGGACGUGGACGUGGACGUGGAUGUGGUUGUCGUCAAGGUCCGAACGAAUUUGACACUGCCAUGGAUGAGGAGAAUGGAAGUUCAUGUCCUUGAGGACGAUGCAGUGCAGCGUCAAGCUAAGGUACUUCAGCUGCCACAAGUGGAACGGAAGUGCCCCUCUACAAUUGCCCACAUCGUACCCACUGCACCUUUCAACGACCAACACCUCACUCAAGAAACCGCCUUGUGCUUCGCGACAUCAAGCUGCAGUUAUCGUAUUGCAGAAUCUGGAACAAUUCCGAAGCUCUCCGUUUCUUUCUGGAUAUUUCACUUUGUACUCCGGGCCGUGGAUGGCAUUGAAUCCUGGUCAAUGGCACAAUACUACCCCCACCCCGUCCGAGUGUUGAACACCGUAAAGGCCUUAGCUCUUUUCACCGGUCUGAGUCUGCCGUAUGUGUGUGUGUCCAUGGUCACAUGUAUCAACGCUUCAACGGUCCUGUCAGCCUUGAUCGAUGGUUUCCGAAAACCCGAGUCUAGCAGUCGGGCAUUACACAUGGCUUGGCGGUGGUUUCCAACUCCAAGGCCAUUUGGUGCUGAAUGGCUUCUGUACAUGUUCAACCGCCUACACGCCACAAACUCUCCCCUAACCCACAAGAGUCGCCUACCCAGAAGAUUGCAGGCUCCACGCAUAGCUACGGCAGCUUACGUACAAAUCCAAACGAGCUUCGGCUCGAGGAUCCGGUGCAUUGACCCAAAACAGCCGGGCUUGAAAGUUGGUAUGCACAAAUUCGACCCUCAUGGGACAUUCGAAUCAGCCCCCAGAUUUCCCCAUAACGAUGACAUCUUUCACAUGAUGUCGGUUGAUCCGCACCGUUUCAUAUUUUCGCGACUAUGGGUUCAGUCGUAUUUUCGUCAUAUGUCUAUCCAGACAACUAUUCAACUCGCGUGUACCUUCAUGUCAUGGAACUUUCUGGGGUUUCAUUUGGCAAAGUCCCGACCUCCUUCCUGGUCGUUAAUGCGGCCCUAUAAGACCCCACAGUUUCAUCGAGCAUACAGUCUUCCAUGGGUCUUACCAUCUGGCCGGCUCACCGAGUUAUAA